AUGCCCGUAGAAUCUGAACGGAACAACCUCCUACAGGCUUACCUCACAGCCAUGCUGAUUGAAGAGAUCUUUACCGAAGACCAUGAAGAUUUAGAGGCUGCCUUUCAGCGGACACAACAGGACCUCAACAUCAUCUUGGCAAUUCUCGAGACUCGCUACAUGCAUCCCCGCAUCCAUGUUCCCAAAUCCACUCAUUUGAAUAUCGCCUUUGCAUAUGCUCAGGAACCUGCUCAUCAUCCACGCUUUGUGAACAUGAUCCGAAUGGAGCCACAGUCCUUUGCUAUGCUCGUUCAACUCAUCCAAAAUCACACCAUCUUCCAAAGCAAUGGACGUCGUCCACAAGCACCUGUUGAAUGGCAGCUCCUGAUCACGCUCUACCGACUUGGGCAUUAUGGAAAUGGUGCUUCUGUCAUGGACAUUGCCCGCCAGGCUGGCUGCUCUGAAGGGACCGAGACUGAGGUUGAGAAGAUUUGGGUGGAACAGCAUGUCGGGCUUGGUGGUCUAUGGAGAGAAGGUUGGGUUAUGUACGAUGGCACAAUCAUCGUCUUAUUUGAGAAGCCUGGAUUGGAUGGCGAAGCAUACUACACCCGAAAAGGUAAUUACGGUCUGAACUUACAGGUUGGAAAUGUACCAUCUAACCUA